CAAAGUAGCUUAUUUAACGAGGACUCGUGGAUCUCGCGAGCAAGAGGAGGAGAAAAAGAAACGAGGCGGGAAGAGAGAAGGAAAGAAAGGAAGGAAGGAAGAAAGAAAGGAAGGAAGCGCGCUAUGCCCGGGCUGGAGCGGAUUAAUCGCUGCGGCCGGCUGAUCGAGGAAGCGCGGAGGGAUUUUCUGAAAUAUUAUCUGAAGAAGUGUCCAACCCUCUUCCACAUCUGCUACGACCCGAUCGGCACUCAUCGGAAAGCGAGGGCCUUCGUCGGAUUUCUCUUCGGACUCGGCGCAGCUGUCGCGCUCUACGAGGGCAUAAUCGUCGAUCUACAAUUCGAUAUGUACACCAGCGCCAUCCUGGGAGCCCUCCUCGUCGCGAUGCUAUCGAUAGGAUGCGCCGCGUCGAUGCAGGUGAGAUGCAUCUGCCUCUUGACGAUCCCGACUUUCCUCGGCCGAUCCGGGCGCAACGUCCUGAGAGCGCUCGUCCUGGGAUACGUAAUAGCGGGCCCGUUAUUCAAUCUAACGUACAACGGCAAAGAGGUGGUGAGAACUUUCGCUUGCACGACGCAGCUCACGUACAAUCUCACCAAGACGCGCUACGACCUCAUGUUUGAGCCGUUCCAGCAGGCGGUGUUGGCCAUGAAAGCGGACGCGAGCGAGCUAAAGGAUAUUUUAUCUUCGGUGAGAGAUCUGAUGAGCCCGAUAGUCGAGGAAAUCGAGGGCGAGGAGGAGAUGAGGCGAUUGAAAGAGGAGAACGAUUAUUUGGACGAGCUUCAGGAUGAUACCAAGAGGAGCGACGAGAUCGAGGAGAAACAUGAGAAAGAGAUCGCGAAGGCCAAGUCUGAGGCGGAUGUUUACGAGGCGAAGUACAAGAGGAAGAUCGAGGCACGCUGCGAAGAGCAGCUUAGUCGCGGCGCGGAACGAUGCAGGGAUAUGUUCGCCGACGCUUACGACAAGUGUUACGAUAAGGUGUCGGUCUUCGCGGCCUGGCUGCUGUGCUGGCCGAUGAAACUCACCUUCGUGUGUAACCUGGUGCAGGCUCUGGGCGGCGGCAACAUCUGCGACCCUGAGGGCAAGGUGGACUCCGGCAUCGGCGAGGGCUACGUCGCUCUGAAAAGUGCCAGGGAUACGUUCGGCAAGAGCCUCAAGGAAGCGAAGCUGCAAUACAAAAUCGAGAAGCCGCCGGUAAUCCUUGACCUACAUGACGCUACGGAUGUUGCGCUGGCCGUGAUGCACGACUUCAACGUGCGCAGGAACGUCCUUGAAUCGAUCAUGACAGUCAUCAAGAGAUGUCUGUCUCUCGUGUUCCUGAGGAUCAUCCUGAGCGCUCAAUCGUACCACGACAAGUACCUGACCGAGAUCGAGCACGACAACGUGUACGUGACGUCGUACUUCCGCAAGAUCGACGCCAGGAGAAAGGCCCGGGGUAGCUUGACUCUGCUGCCCCUGAAGAAGAUGGAGAGAUCGAAGUUCGUGGACCCGUACAGCCUGCGGCCGAGCAAGGUCGAGCGGGUGCACUUGGCCGCGCAAGCGGUGAAACUGACCCUCGAGGUGAUAAGUGUCACGACGUUCCUGCUGAUGGACAGACUGUUCUACGAGACGCUCGACUUGAUCAGAAGACACUCUUACAUGGAGUAUACCCAGGCAGGCCACCACGACGUGAACCUGGAGAUCCGCGGCACCGGCAUGAUCGCCUCCCUGAUCCGUAGCUUGGUGCGCGGCUUCAACGUGAAGAAGCGGGUGAAGACAGUGGUGUCGAACAGCGCCUGCUUGCCGCGGCCCAGCGAGCUGCCGCGUCGCGUGGUCUUCAAGAUCUACUCCAGCUACCUGGGCGUGUUCGUGCUGCUCUUCACCAGCGCGUACACCCAGCGACUGCGGCGCGUCAUCUGCUCGUUCUUCUACCGGAGGCGCGAGAAGAGACGGGUGCUCUAUCUCUACAACGAGAGCCUGAGGCGCAGACUUGGCCACGCCAGGUUCAUGCGCGCCAAGGUCAGGGCCCUGGCGAGGACGCGUCGGUUGGAGUACCACUUGGACCCGUGGGUCGCCCUGAGGCAGCGCUGGCCGGCGCUCUGCGGCUGGCUGGUGAUCUUCGCCUCGGCGCGUCGCAGGUGCCUCGUCUGCGGCGAGGUCGAGCCGAGGAAGGGCCCGGAACUCCGCGAGUGCGUCAACGCACCCGGGUGUCCCUUCGUCCACUGUCCUGAGUGCUGGCGCGACGUCGGCGAGAUCUGCUAUGCCUGCGCGGACCUUGAGGACGAGACGGACGACGACGCGGAGGAAUACGGCGCUUUUCUUCACUGAAGCUUCCACGCAGCCUGUCGAGCCUGUCGAGCCUCGAGUUCGACCCCGCGUUAACGCAUUGGCCGCCAUGUUGACCUUCGCUUCAAUGUUCGACUGAAGUCUUAAUUCUCGGUACUCAGAAAUAAAGGUUAAAGAGAUAAACGAAGGCUCGUUUCAUUCGUUCUUUAUUAGUUGUAUCUCUUAAUUUUUAUGCACAAUGAGAAGGAGGGAGAGUACGUUUUGCGCAUUAAUUAUACACAUAUAAAUUAAUGAGACGCAAUAAUAGCGGUACCGGUGAUUCUUCCCAAGCAGUCGACGUCGAAACACGUUGAAAGAGAAACCGAAAGAAAGAAAAAAGAAGAAACCAAAGGAAACCGAAAACUUCAG